AAUUCGUGAUUUGCGCUGCUGCUGGGCUAGGGUUCGCUCGCGCUCGGUCGCUGGGUUUCCACCAGUUUGCAGUCGAAUCGCGUUUUGAGCACUCAAAUGUCGACGUCGGGCUUCGGUGGCCGGCCGCGUUGAUGAGCCUGCUGAGGUAAACAAACACGGCGAUGGCGGAGAAGGUGGGCAAACCGCCUCCACCGGGCUCGAGGCCCCUGCCCAUGAAACUGUUCGCCACCUGGGAAGUGGACCGGACACCGUCCAACUGCGUUCCAAGGUUGUGCUCGCUGACUCUGUCUCGGCUGGUGCUGCUCAAGUCGUUGGGCAACGACAUCUCCUCAAUCAUCAUCGCGGUCAAGAUGCAGAGCUCAAAACGCACCCUGCGCUCCAACGAGCUGCUCCUGCCGCCGGGAGGACUCCUGGACACGGAGCUGGAUCUCAACUUCUCCUUGCAGUACCCGCACUUCAUCAAGAGGGACGAGGCCAAUCAACUGCUCAUCAUGCUGCAGCGGCGCAAGAGAUACAAGAACCGGACGAUUUUGGGCUUCAAAACGCUCGCCGAGGGCACCAUCAACCUCUCGCAGGCGCUCCAAAGGACGAUGGAUGUCGACCUUGAGUUGUACAAUGGCGAGAGCAAGGAGAAAAGAGACGUCGUCGCUCGCUUGUCCGUGCUGAACAUCAGCAGUACUCCCGUGGAUCAGGACGAACCGGGCGUGCGACACAAAAGGGUCGCCAUGGCAGACACCUCAGACGCCCAGCUGGCGCCCCUCCUUUUGUCUCUCCGCCGACUAACCGCUUCCCAUCUCCGCCUUCCGCGCGGUACCCCCCUUUCGCCCACAGAUCGAGCGGCUGCAGACUUUUCUGACGACGACGAGGACUUCAGCAGUAACGAGGAGAACUCGGACUCGGAACCCAUGCUGGACGACUCUUCGCUGGCGCCCCGCAGACCCAGGAAGACCAGCAGAGCAAAGAAUUCCACUGCCAGGCAACGGAACCUGAAGCAGAAAUUCAUCUCCCUUCUCAAAAGGUUCAGGAUCAGUGAAGACCUGGACAAUGACCCUGAAGAAAUCGAGCAAAAGCUCUCAGGUGGUGACAUGGACCCCACUGACAUUGCGGAUCUCUUUGACGAGUUGGAGGAGCUGAGCGACUCUGGCCCCGAGAUGGACACGAUGAGCAUCUCGUCCACUCCGAAGCCGUCGCUGCGACCGUUCUUCUCGAGCAGCCGCUCGUUGGCGCAGCCCGACGUGCUGCCCAUUGCUGGUGAGAGCCCCUCUUGCAAUUUCAAGAAGCCUCCACCGCCACCACCAAACCAAGCACCUGGCAACACAGCACCAAAAGCUCUGUUCAGGGAGAGGGGAUCUGACAGACAAAGUGAUGAGAGUUCAAAGAAAGCAGACUCGGACUCGCACCCUGAAAAUUGGACUGACCACGAGCACAGUGACCCUCCACCGAUGGCAUCUUCGCCACCCCAUGCUCCCCUGGCCCAGUCGGAGAGCUUGGAAAAAGCUCCGAAAGAGCUAAAGGACGGAGAUCGAGACAGGAGGACGCGGCUGUUUGCACGAGACAGGACCACGUCCGGCACAAAGGCAAAGAAGUCUGAUGUGCCGAGGACGCCAAUUUCUGCACCAGAACUUCUCGGCGGGCCUCUUCACAAUGAAAACUCUCAACCACGAAAAUCCUUGAUGGAGCAGCUGUCACGACUGAUGCCGCUUGACGAAGCCAUCCUGCCUGAUCAUGUGAUACUAGUCCCUGAAGGCGCAGCAAAUCUCGCUGCCCGUCUAGUCGAGAGACAACAGAGGGUGUUGAGCGUGUCUGGAACGGCAGACGUUCGAGCCGCCAUGAACUGUCUCAUCAGCAAACUUCAAAAAUUCUGCAACAGUAGUGCCAAACCUCCAUUGCCCGUCAAAGUGCUCAUCAUGGGAUCUGACAGCCUAGUCAGCACCAUAAUGCGACAGUACGUGGAGCUGCUGUCGUCAAAACCUCUUGACUGGCAAAACCACUUCAGGUUCCUCAUUGUGCCCCUUGGCAACAACAGCUUUCUGGCGCGGUACCUGUCAAGUCUCGACUCAAUGUACGCCGCCUCAUUCUCUGGGGAGUCUUGGAAGGAGUUGACGGAGCGGUUGGAUUCGAAAAUUGAAUGCCAGGAGGCAAUGAACCGAAUCCAGCGCUACCUUGUUGCUGCAAACUCUUAUGUGGCUUUGCCUGUUGCUGAAGCCAUGGUGACCUAUAAGGAACGAAGUUCUGAUGAGGAGUCGUGCCAGAUAUUCAUUCCAUUUAUCAAUGAAACACGUCUGGGCUCGCAAGAAAACGGACAUACGUCUCUAUCAUUGGAUAUGGAUGAGUCGUUACCAGUGCUGAUGGCCUCAGGCUCACCACCUUCGGGCACUCUCAUGUCCCCUUCAGGGAUGCCUUCAGAAAGGAAGGAGAGAACCACACCACCCUCAUCACCCAACGUCAAUACGUCCUACAUUCAAUCUGCCAGUUUGACGAACGCUGAGCCAAUGGAGCUGCAGAUCGACUACUGGCAGCACCCAACCGUAGCCAACUCUGCUGCGGCUGCAAAGGGAGACCAGGCCAAGAAUAAGUUCGAGAGCGUCAAAAGCACCCUCAAGACAAGCUUCCGCGCUUUGCAAGUGUGCCGGUUGCCUGGCAGUGGACUGAUUCCGAACAAUCUCUUCACUCUGACUUACACAACCAAAGAGAGCAAAAAGAAAACUGUGAUGAGAUUAGGAAAGAAAAAGGAGAAGGAAAAGGAAUCUGACGCAAAGAAUCAAGUCAUCGAGGGUGUCACCAGACUGAUUUGCUCAGCCAAGGCGCACAAUGUUCCUCUCAAAGUUUUCAUUGAUGGCAUGGAAUGGAACGGAGUCAAGUUCUUCCAGUUGUCUGCUCAGUGGCAAACACACAUCAAGCAUUUCCCGGUUGCACUCUUUAACGUACCAGAGCCUAUUUCCGGUUGAGUGCCUAAUUACAAACAAAAACAUAGGAGGGCGAGUGAGAUGAAAUGGAUAACACAGAAGGAGCACAAAUUUGUCUCUUGUGCCAAAAUAGAUGAGAAUUUUAUUGCUGUUGUUAAUCUCCAUUUUUUAUGCUGUGAUGUUCAGAGUUGAAAUUGCAAAGAAGAGAAGGGGUUAUUUAAAUUGAUUAAGUACCUGCUGCAGUUUUGACUGUUAAAGAGGCAAGAAAAAAAAUGUAGGAUUUUGAGUCAGAAUCUUUUAUUAUUUACAUAAGACCAAAGAGUGUGUGUGAAAAAAUGUAAUUCAAGGACAAUCUUGCAUGGAGUAACAGGGAAAGCACUACCACACCGCGUUGGCGUUUUUCGUAGGGAAUAUAUCCGUAGCGUGACAAUUUACAAACAAACAAAGAGAGCAGCAAUUUGUAAAUGUAGAUAUUAUGACAAUACGCCAGGGCUAUUAUGAAUUUAUUUUAUUUUUUACCCAGAGUCGUCUGCUCAUAGCUGAAUUUGAAAUACUCAAGUGUGUUAUUGCAUAGAAAGCUCUUGAUUUAUCUGUCAAAUACUUCUGUAGAAUAAGUUUCUAUUGUAUAAUCAUAGCGUGUAGAUUAUAAUUUGCUUUUAUCCCAGAUUGACAUUUCUUUGUGUAACGUUCAAAGUUCAAAUUGAGAGGCCAAAUUGAGCAGCAUCAAGGUCAAAUCUGUGCUUGGUUUCCUCUUUUAGUCUUCGUAGAAGGAAAACUUGUAAGACUACUCAAGCUUGGUAAAAAAUCAAUAUCAUUGAUAUACAAACUAAAGUUAGGAUGAGUGCGAGCCGAUACUGUUCACAGUUCAGACUUUGAAUGAUAAUCGCAUUUUCCGUCUCCCAUUUUUAACGAUAUUUUCCGACUGGCCAUACAAAUCUGCUUUAUCUUCAGUGGCCAAAUUAGUUAAUUUUCAAAUUUAAAAAGAAAAAAAACUGACACGCUCAUUUAUAUAAAUUCUGAUUCAGUUGGUCUUAAGCUCGAUUCGAACACAUAUCUGGGAUGGCAAUAACCAAAAUUUUAAUAUGUAGAGAAAAGAAGCACGUUGGGCCGUGCGAGAGAGAUUGACAAGUUAACAAGACAUAUUCAAACUCUCUGUAACUUCUAUCCAACUUCGCUGUUGUUCUCUCUUCGUACUUGAUGGCAGGAAGUGUAAUACAAAAAAUUUAAACAAAAUGUAACUGGUGUUGUGACGAUGUCAUCAAUGUCUUACUCCGCGCGCAGUGUGUUUGGAAAACGUUCUCUUCGUGCUUGUUCAUUUGGCGCCCAAAUGUGUAGACAAUUUUCAAGAGAUGGAAUAAUAUGUAGUUGAUAGAGUUAACAAUCAUCGUAAGUAAAACGUCGUAGUUGUGUAAGUAAAAGAAUGCCUAAGUCAUUUUUAUUAUAUACUGUAUUUGUAUAAUCAGCGCGCAUUACUAGAAACAGGAUAUUUGAGAUGGAAAAAAAACGUGAACAAAAAACACGUGCCGAAAUAAA